AUGAUAACUCCAGCCGUGCUCGCUUUCAUCAUCUUUCCGGCCGUCGCCACCGACUAUUGCGUCGACUUCUGCCUUACCACUGAAAGCUGUGAAGAUUCCUAUUGUAAAGAAAAUGGCUUGUGCUUCAGUCUCUAUCACAAGAAUGCUGGUACUUGCUUCCAACCCGGCGGCUUAGACAGUGACUGCGAUGAUUCCACACUGCUACCCGUGGCGUGUGAUGAGAUGCCCUUCAGUAACGCGACCAGAGAGUGCAGUGAAGCGUGCAACACUAUAGCAAGCUGCCGUGAAUCGCUCUCUGGAUCGUAUUGCAAGUCAUGGAUCGAUCCUACGGUUUGCUUCGGUAUUCUUGUCAAGGCUGAUGGUGAUCUAUGCUAUGAAGGGGUAGAUGAGGGUUGUGAUGGUACUCCUUAUCCCUGCAAAGAAGUUGUGGCCACUGAGACUCCCAUUGCACCCUCUACCGAGGCUCCCACGGGACCCUCUACCGAGGCUGCCACUGAAGUCCCUAUCGAGGACCCCACCGAGGCUCCCAGUGAGGCCUCUACCGAGGCUCCCACUGAAGUCCCUAUCGAGGACCCCACUGAGGCUCCCACUGGGGCUCCCACUGAGGUUCCCACUGAAGUCCCUAUCGAGGACCUCACCGAGGCUCCCAGUGAGGCCUCUACUGAGGCUCCCACUGAAGUCCCUGUCGAGGACCCCACUGAGGCUCCCACUGGGGCUCCCACUGAGGUUCCCACUGAAGUCCCUAUCGAGGACCUCACCGAGGCUCCCAGUGAGGCCUCUACUGAGGCUCCCACUGAAGUCCCUGUCGAGGACCCCACUGAGGCUCCCACUGGGGCUCCCACCGAGGUUCCCACUGGAGUCCCUACCGAG